GGCAAUUCGCAACAGUGGCCAAGAGCUGGAAAAUUCGUGAUUGGAAGCGCAAAAAAACUCCACGAAUUUCCAGAGCAGUAGAAGGAGAAGGAGAAAGAGAUCGGCUACUAGCUCGAUCGAUUCGAAUGGCAGCUAUGGAAGUAUCCUCGGCCUCGCCUCCUGGUUUCAUGGCUGCUAGUUCUCACUCCCAGCAUGGAUCCCCGUCUAGCGGCCCCAGUAACAAGAGGAAACGACGUCCUGCUGGAACUCCUGAUCCCGAUGCCGAGGUCGUCUCCUUGUCACCCAAGACGCUCAUGGAAUCCGACCGCUACGUAUGCGAGAUCUGCAACCAAGGCUUCCAGCGCGACCAGAACCUGCAAAUGCACCGCCGGCGCCACAAAGUUCCAUGGAAACUCCUCAAGCGCGCCACUCCGGAGGUGCGCAAGCGCGUCUACGUCUGCCCGGAACCGUCGUGCCUCCACCACGAUCCCUGCCAUGCGCUGGGCGACCUGGUCGGCAUCAAGAAACACUUUCGCCGCAAGCACAGCACUGAGAAGCAGUGGAAGUGCGACAAGUGCUCCAAAGGCUACGCCGUCCAGUCCGACUACAAAGCCCACCUCAAGACGUGCGGGACGAGAGGCCACUGCUGCGCUUGUGGGCGUGUUUUCUCGAGGGUCGAGAGCUUCAUAGAGCAUCAGGACACUUGCACGGUGGCCAAAGAAAAAGCGUCGCUGGGUGACAGCGAUGUGAGCGCGAGUCCGUCAAGCAAUUUGCAUUUCCUGCUCCUGGGCGGCCAGAGCACCGGUAGCAGCGGUGUUACCACCGCCACCACUCGCGGCGGUGGCCACUAUCCUCCUCCCACCUUCACGCCCAGCUCGCCAGAUCUUCACCAUCCAGGCAGCGCUAGCGUGAUGAGCACCAGAUCUCUCUUCGAGCCAUCGAGCAGUAGCCGUAGUCCGCCUCCGCCUCCCAGCCACCGCUGUCCAGAACAACGCCACGAGCUCCAGCUCAUGCCAACGAACAGCGAUCCUGGACGAGUUUUUACGCUGCCGACCAGCUAUAAUACCAUGCUCGCCAACAAGAGCGCGAGUUUGCAGCCCAUUUCAAACGUCUACCGGUUCGUCUCAAGACCCUCGUCCGUGCUCGAUGACUGUCUCAAGAACAGCACGAUGAUGGUCCCGGGAAGGAAGUGCCAUGAUGGUGAUCGAGCAUCACCAGGAGAGGAGUCGAGGCUGCAGCUAUCGAUCGGGCUCUCGACGUCGAGCGACGAUCCAGUCGACACCUACGAGGCCAAGCCGAGGAGCCCAUGGCGGGAGGAGAGGCUACUCCACCACCAGCAACAUCAUCACCCGUCCUUGGGAGCCGGGCAUGGCGCCAUGAAUGCAGCAGCCACUGUCGGGACAGAUUUGCGAUUGUCCUCCCCGCUCAUGGCCGAGUUCGCAGAUCGGGGGAAGCAGAUUCUCUUGGAACGGCAAGCCAGGGGAGGAGGAUUAAUGUUUGGCGCCAACGAGCUCAACAGGCUUGUGCAAUUAGAGAGCGCCGCAAUGAGAGGCAACAAGGACAACACUAGCAUACACACGACGAGCAACAGCGCCGGUUUCUACUUAUACAACGGAAUGCUGCUGCACAAUCACCACCAUGAUCACCGCCACCACCUGGAUGCCACCACCAGGCAGCGAGCAGCCGCUGCUGCUGCAGAGAUGCAUCUUUGGCCACAACAAAGAUCCAUUCCGCAGGUGCCGCAGGGUGGCGGUGGCGGUGGUGGUGGUGGUGUGUGUUUUCCUGCUCCAGGGGGUGGCAUGAUGAUGUUGAGGGUGAAUGAUAGCCUGCUGCACCGUGCGGGAUCGUCUAUCCAGCAGCAGCAGCAGCAGCGAUACCAACACGAUCAGAUGGAGCACGAGGAGAGGAGCAAGAGACAUCUGUCGGAUUUGAAACUGGAGCAGCUCAGACACGAGGCCCGGACGCAGCUGCGUCUCUCGACAAGCGAUUCCAGCGCUGCUGCUUCCAGUCUCGCGUCUCGAGGUCAUGGUACCGAUCAUUCCUCUGAUCAUCUCCACGGCAAGUAUCAGAUCGUUGGACAGGCUGUAAAUGGCGAUCAGGUGGGCGAGAGCAGCGAUGAUCAUCCAGUUGCCCAGCAAAGACAAGCAGCAGUAUUUGGGAAGAACAUCAUGGCAGCCCAGAGCCACGAAGAAUCCAAUUAUGCCACCAGUGUAACAAUCAACAACAACAGUAACAGCAACAACAAGAACAGAGACUCUGGUUCGCAGUCGGGCACAACUUCAAACUCGGAUUCAAACUCAAAUUCAAAUGCUUCGACUGGUCAAGUCGAGUCUCUGACUGCUGCUACUACUAGUUUAUAAAAGAAGAGGAAAAUGGAAGUUUUCAAAGCAGGUGCGUCAACUUUCUGGAGGUUCAAAGGCCCAAAAUGCUGCCUGUUGUUCAUAGAA